GGCGAGAGGAAAUUUGGAAGUUUAUCAUACUAUGAUAUCUUAUCUUUUCGAUUACCAUGGAAUCCGAUCUAAACAACCUUGGAGAUACCGCCGGUGAUGGCGUCACAGUCGAAGCCGGAUUUCGAGAUGAGACUUUCCGUCUCCGCUCCUAUCAGGCUGAGAUGGUGAAGGAAAGCUUGAAGGCCAACAUUAUAGUUGCGAUGGAUACAGGCGCCGGCAAAACUCAUAUAGCGUUAGCGCGUACAGCUGCUGAGUUGGAACUGUGUAAGCCCGAGCAGCUGGUUUGGUUUUUGGCACCUACAGUCACUCUGUGUGAACAACAAUUUGAAGUGUUCAAAGUCAACUUACCACAAUACAAUAUCCAGAUUCUCUCUGGCAAGGACAAUGUAGAUCGCUGGACUGAUCAAAGCACCUGGGACGAUGUUCUGAGAAAUGUUCGAGUGGUCAUUUCGACGCAUCAAGUACUUUGUGAUGCACUCACUCACGCUUUUGUCAGAAUGGAAAAGCUCGCAUUGAUCAUCUUUGACGAAGCUCAUCAUUGUACCUCAAAUCACCCUGCCAACCGCAUUAUGGCAGACUUCUAUAUUCCACGUGUGGGUAUAGAUAGAUCUGUCCUCCCAAAGAUUUUGGGAUUGAGCGCUAGUCCAGUGAUGAAAGCCAGAGCAACCAAAAAUGACCUUCAGGAACUUGAAAGAAACAUGAAUGCGACUGCAAAGACGCCGAAGCUCCACCGCUCGGAACUGAUUCGGUUUGUCUACCAACCUCAGAUUCAAAACAUCAUCUAUCCGUUGGUCGACCUAGCAUACACCCAGUCUCCGCUUCUCGACUCAUUGUUCAAUGCGUUUCUGUCAUACGACAUUAUGACCGAUCCAUAUGUCUUGGACCUUCUCCAGCAGCACCACAGUGGCUAUGACCGCUCGAAACAGUUGGAGAAGGUGUCUAUCGGCAGAGACACAUACUGCACGCAACAGCUCAAAGGCUUAGCGGAAAAAGGUAAAGCUAUGCAAGACGAACUUGGACUGUCACCCACGAAUUGGUAUCUUGAUAAGUGCCUUUCGCGAUUCUUCGAGGCUGUUCAGACCUCAGACGACCAAUUGUUCCACGCAAGAGAGAGUGAGAGACAGCAUUUGACGAAAAUACUGACAAACAUCCAGCACACAUUCCCUGCUAAGUCCAGUGCCGUUGCACCAGAUGGCCUAUCACCCAAAGUCGAAGCUCUGAUAAACUUACUUGAAGCUGAGGCAGGUGAUGGAUUCACGGGUCUCGUCUUCGUAGAACAACGUGUCUGGGUUGCAACUCUAGCUGAAACGCUUUCCAAUCAUCCUCGCAUCAAGGACUCCUUCAACAUCAGUACCUUCACGGGAACGUCCACGUCCACGAGACGAAAGAAGAACAUAGCAGAUCUCGUCGAGUCUCGAAACCAGAAGAAUACUCUCGAUGAGUUCCGGAAUGGAGCGAAAAAUCUCAUCCUCGCCACUAGUGUGCUUGAAGAAGGGAUUGACGUCUCUAGUUGCAAUCUUGUGAUAUGCUUCGAGAGUCCGAAGAACCUCAAGUCUUUCGUUCAACGUCGGGGCCGGGCAAGGAAAAGUCGAUCGAAGUACAUCAUCUUCACUCCAGCAACUAGUACUAAACGAUCCCCUAGAUCAUGGGAAGAACUAGAAGAAGAGAUGAGAAGAGCAUAUCUGGAAGAUAGAAGAGAAAUCGAACAAGCGGAGGCAAAGGAAAUGCUUGAAGAAGAUUGCCCAUUCCGCUACAAGGUUCCUAGUACUGGCGCCCUUCUCACAGGCGACAAUGCAUCCCAACAUCUCCAUCACUUCUGCGCGGUUGUUGCUGCAGGACCUUUUGUGGACUCGAGGCCCCAAUUUGAAUUCCACGAAUCUACAGUAGGCACCAUUACGGCAACAGUCACACUACCCAUUUCCAUAGAAUCUUCUUUGCGAAAAGCACACAGCGAAAAAUCAUGGGUAACGGAGCGCGCAGCCAAAAAGGAUGUUUCCUUCCAAGCCUAUGUAGCUUUACACAAGGCAGGUUUGGUCAAUGAUAAUCUCCUCCCAGCCCACUCAGUGGAAGUUGAGGAGACUGCUGAGUUUGAUCAAAGAUCAUCCUUGAUCCAGAUAGGACCUCCUUUUGAUCCUUGGAUUCCGCUAGCCGAGUGCCAGGCACAGGAACCGCAUACUUAUGAUCGAGUGCUGAUAAUGUUGGAAACCACAGGCGAGCAGCCUGUUUAUAUGACCCUAUCAACAGCAUGCUUGCUGCCAGUGAUCCCCGAUUUCCCACUGUACUGGAACUCGACGAAGUAUUACAAAGUCACGACUACUCCUUUGCCAAGGUCUACGUACAAUCAGGACAUGAUUCGGGUUAUGAGAAGAGUGACCAGGGAACUACUCUACUCCGUGUUCCAGAGAAGAAUGCCAGACGAGAGAUAUGACUUCCUCUGGCUUCUGGCACCUUGCGACGCGGAUGGACUGGCAUGGAACCUUCCGAAGCUUCAACUAUGGCUUGAACAUAUCACCGGGUCACAGAGUGCGAUCCACAUGACUGAUAAGGUAGCAUCUGAGUGGGGAUGGAUAUCAGUUGAGGGGGAUCCGCGAAACUGGAUGCUUGCUGAGAGGUCGAGAGCAACAGCUGAGACAGGGGCAGGUCAGUUACAGCUUAUCAGAGCACCCAAACGACGAGACUUUCUGCAUCCAGUGUACCAAGCUGUGGCACAGAACAGCGCAUACACCAGAAUCGAACUUGCAAACACUCAAAGCUGUACUGUGAGAAAAGUGCCACUUUCCUUCUCCAUAUUUGCCCUGUUCCUACCGUCCAUCUUAUCAAAAACGGAAAAUUACAUGAUAGCAGAGCGCCUCUGCAAAGAUAUCAUGAGGCCUCUUUCUUUUACGGCCGGAAACCUUCCAUUGAUCGUCCAAGCGAUCAAAUCGACCUCCACUGGGGAGGAAGAGAAUUAUGAGAGAUUAGAGUUCCUAGGAGACUGCUUACUCAAAUUGAUUGCCACUCUUCACGUAAUGGCCGUACACCCGACCUGGCCAGAGCAAUUCUUGACCAGCAAGAAGGAAAAGAUUGUCAACAAUAAGUUCCUCACUAAAGUCAACAUGGCGUCUUCGUUGUACAGAUUCAUCAUCAGGAAGCGCUUCACAGGGUCGAAAUGGGCGCCACGAUACGUGAACGACAUAUUGGACCGAUCUCACCCGCCCCAAUCGACACAGUGCUCUUCCAAAGUCCUUGCUGACGUCGUCGAAUCUCUCAUCGGCACAUCCUACGUCCUAGGAGGUCUUUCAGCCGCCGUCCAGUGCACACAAACCAUCAUCCACCAAGAACCAUGGACGACCGUCCCUGAAGCCAACACCGCCCUCUACAACGCCGCCCCAUCAGACACCAUCCCGCAAGACAUCACGGCCCUCGAAACCCUCACCGGCCACACCUUUAGCAAGCCGUACCUCCUCCUCGAAUCCCUAACCCACGGCUCCUACACCGGCCCCAUAACCACCAUCCGGUCCUACGAGCGCCUCGAGUUCCUCGGCGACGCCAUCCUCGACUACAUCGUGUCCCGCCGCCUCUUCGCCCACCACCCGCCACUCCCCCAUCACACCAUGCACUCCAUCCGCACAAGCCUCGUCAACGCCUCUAUACUCACCUUCCUCAUGUUCGAAAACACGAUCCCGGCGCCCCCGAUAACCAACAAAACGACCUUUCAGCCCGAGGAACCCACCCCUAGAGCCUUACACCACUACCUCCGCCACGGGUCCCAACAGCUGGUCGCCUGCCGCGACGAGGCGCUCGCCCAGCACGACCGCACGCGCGGACGCAUCCUCGCGGCGCUGGAAUGCGACGACAGGUAUCCGUGGCACUUGCUCGUGCUGAACGACGCACCGAAGUUCCUGAGCGACAUUGUGGAGAGUAUCCUUGGGGCGGUGUGGGUAGAUAGUCAGGGGGAUGUUGAGGCUUGUGAGGGGUUGCUGGGGAGGUUUGGGGUUGUGGGGUUGAUGGAGAGGAUUCUGAGGGAUGGGGUCGAUUGUUUGCAUCCGAAGGAGAGGUUGGGGAUUUUGGCGAGGGAGAAGGAGGUUAGGUAUGUUAGUGUAGGUGCUGGGGAUGGGGAUGGGGAUGGAGUAGGCGGAAAGAAGGGCUUCACGAGAGUGCAGGUUCAGGUCGGGGGCGAGGAUGUGGGAGGGGUGGUGGAGGGGGUGAAGAAGCUCAAUGCUGAGACGAUUGCGGCGUGGGGGGCGUGUAAGAUUCUGGAAGAGGAGAUGGAGAAUACCAUGGACACCGAUAGUACAGGAGAUGUGUCUGUUGAAACUCGGCAGCAUGAUAGAGAAGGGGAAGGCAGCGAGGAAGAUGAGAGUGAAGACGAUUGGCAUGAUGCCGUUGAGUAAAGAGGGGUGUUCAAGACGCCACGAGAGAGAGUGUGUGGUGAUGUGAGAUGAGAUACCGAAGAUGCAAAAUUGAAAGAAAG